AGCGAAGGCAACUGGGGCGGAGCUGGGUUAUCUAAAGCGAAAGCACCGCAAGUAUAGGAAAGGUCCUUGGGCCUGCCACUGUCGUCAACGUUUUGAAAGAGGAAAACGAGAGGAAAUCGCACUUAGGCUACUUUUUGAAUGUAUGUUUAUUUCUAUUGUAGCCUAAUUCCAUUUCCACCAUGGCAUCUCUGGAUUUUGAGAAACUGCGGAUGACUGGGGCUGGCAAAUCUAUCGCCGUGCUGACAAGUGGAGGAGAUGCACAAGGUAUGAAUGCAGCUGUCCGUGCGGUGACUCGGAUGGGAAUAUAUGUUGGAGCCAAAAUGUAUCUUAUCCAUGAGGGAUACCAAGGACUGGUGGAUGGGGGUGACAACAUCAAGCGAGCUCACUGGCACAGUGUCAGCAACAUCAUUCAACUGGGCGGGACGGUAAUUGGCAGUGCCCGCUGUAAGGACUUCACCACGCCACAGGGGCGCCUGGCGGCAGCCUUUAACCUGGUUCAGCGUGGCAUCACCAACCUGUGCGUGUGCGGGGGUGACGGGAGCCUCACGGGGGCCAACAUCUUCCGCAGCGAGUGGAGCGACCUGCUGGAGCAACUGGUCACCCAGGGGAGGAUCACGGAAGAUGCGGCCCGGAAGCACAGUCACCUGAACAUCGUGGGGCUGGUGGGGUCCAUCGACAAUGACUUCUGCGGCACUGAUAUGACCAUCGGCGCUGACUCCGCCCUGCAACGGAUUAUGCAGGUCAUCGACGCCAUCAUCACCACUGCCCAGAGCCACCAGCGCGCAUUUGUUCUGGAGGUCAUGGGUCGACACUGUGGGUACCUGGCUUUGGUCUCAGCCCUGGCAUCGGGUGCAGACUGGCUCUUCAUCCCGGAGGCCCCUCCAGAUGAGGGCUGGGAGGAAAACUUCUGUGCCCGUCUGGGAGAGUGCCGGGCUACAGGGGGGUCCAGACUCAACAUAGUGAUCAUCGCAGAGGGAGCCAUUGACAAGCAAGGAAACCUCAUCACCUCCAGCUAUGUGAAGGACUUGGCGGUUCAGAGGCUGGGGUAUGACACGCGAGUGACGGUACUGGGUCACGUACAGAGGGGGGGCACACCUUCUGCCUUCGACAGGGUGCUGAGCAGUAGGUUGGGUGUGGAGGCGGUGUUAGCCCUGUUGGAGGCCAAGCAGGACACCCCUCCCUGUGUCAUUGGACUCUCGGGCAAUGAGGCUGUGCGCCUGCCCCUGAUGGAUUGCGUGAUGCUGACUAAAGAAGUGCAGAAGGCCAUGAAUGAGAAGAGGUUUGAGGAGGCCAUCCAACUGCGUGGGAAGAGUUUUGAGAAUAACUGGAACACUUAUAAACUGCUGGCCUACCAGAAGCCUGCUCAGUCCCAGAGUGAAUUCUCCAUGGCCAUCCUGAACGUGGGCGCCCCGGCUGCAGGGAUGAACGCGGCAGUCAGGUCUGCCGUGAGGGUGGCGUCGGCUCUCGGUCACAAGGUGUACGGUGUCAACAACGGCUUCGAAGGACUGGCCAAGGAGAUGGUGACUGAGAUUAAGUGGAAUGACGUAAGAGGAUGGACCAGUCAAGGCGGCUCCCUGCUGGGGACUAAAAGAACUCUCCCUGAUGCCUUCUUGGAGCAGAUUGUAGCAAGUAUCAGAAAGCUUCAAAUUCAGUCCCUGCUGAUUGUAGGAGGAUUUGAGGGGUACGCGGGCGUGCUGCAGUUGGUGGAGGCUCGGGAGCGUUAUGACGAGCUCUGCAUCCCCAUGUGCGUCAUCCCCGCCACCAUCAGCAACAACGUUCCAGGCACCGCCUUCAGCCUGGGGGCUGACACAGCUGUCAAUGCUGCCAUGGAGUGCUGUGACAAGAUCAAGCAGUCUGCCACAGGCACCAAGAGGCGGGUGUUUGUGGUGGAGACCAUGGGCGGUUACUGUGGCUAUCUGGCCACCACCACAGGUAUUGCUGUCGGUGCUGACAAUGCGUACAUCUUCGAGGAGCCGUUCAACAUCCAUGACCUCAAGAGAAAUGUGGAACAUCUGUCAGAGAAGAUGAAGAAGGAUGUGCAGAGAGGUCUAGUGUUAAGGAAUGAGAAAUGCCAUGAGUACUACACCACUGAAUUCAUGCACAACCUGUACUCGGCUGAAGGCAAGGGCAUCUUCGACUGCAGGAUGAACGUGCUUGGACACUUGCAGCAGGGAGGAUCUCCCACGCCCUUCGACAGGAACUUUGGCACAAAGCUGGGUGUGAAGGCCGUGCAGUGGAUCACAGAGAAGAUGACUGCGAGCUACAGAAAGGGACGGGUGUUUGCCAAUAGCCCGGAUACGGCCUGCGUGAUUGGCAUGACCAGGAAGGUGGUGCAGUUCAGCCCUGUGUCCGAACUGAAGGAAAUUACAGAUUUCAAGCACCGCAUACCCAAGGAGCAGUGGUGGGUGAACCUGAGGCUUAUGUUGAAGAUGCUGGCAAAAUACCAGACCAGCUUCACCGAGUACGUCACCGGGCAGGUGGAGAACGUGACGCGCAGAACCCUCAGCAUAGACACCGGGUUCUGAGUGCUGGACCCAGAGCCAGACCCAAGGCAGACACUCCUACUUAGCCUCGCCUCCUUCAAAGUUCUCCACUGGGAGGAGCCGUGGCCACAUGCAUGCACCCCGCCACCAACACACAGAAUGUAUUCCCUCGCCACAUCGUGUAUAUUUAGCUCCCUCGCCCUUCUGUUGUGUAUUGCUCGCUGUUCAAAAUUAUGUGACAAUGAAACAGGAAGUGGAACUGCACAUUUUGAUUAUUAUGAUUAGACACUGACAAUAAAUGGCUAUGUUUUGCUACUGACACAAGCCAGGAAUAGGCCGGGGGGAAAAGCCAUGUCAGUGUCCACUUCAAGAACAUCAGGAAUGGUUACCAUAGCUUACCUUGAAAAACCAUUUAUUAUUUCACUUGGCAUUAAAUGAUAUAUUAAAUAUUUGUUUAGUAGGUGAUGAAUAAUUCUUUAUCUUAUUAUUUUGUGAUUAUUUUGAAUUUCUGAACAGAGUAGUUUGUGCGUACAGUUUUAAACUAAUUUUACCUACAGCAUAUCCGAGUAUUGUAUUGCCAUAUGUCGCUCAAGAAUGGCAUUAAUCAGCACAUUUAUUUUUAACUACUGAAUACAGUGUUAAUACUAUACAUUUCAACGAUUUGCCGAUAAACCUCUCAUACCAGUGUCAUAGUUUAAAACUGUACAAAGCACUUUGUGUUUUUGGAAUAAGAGAAAAUACAGUACAUAUAUAUUUAUCAUGUUUCUAUGGACUUGUAUUUUUAAAGAGGAUGCUUUUAUUUCUGUGAGUUUCUAAAGGAAAGUGGCAAUCAGAAACAUUGUGCCGUUGCAUCGCAAAUGUUUCUGAUUGCCACUUUCCUUUAUUGGUUCCAAGAAAAUGUUUGUAUUUCCAUAAGUGGCUUCUAAAUAUUAAUCCUCAUUUCAAACAUUUAUUUAUCUGACAUGUUCUCUGCCACCGGCAAAAAUAUAAAUGGGAUUAACGAUUAACUACAGAACACAGGACUGCAUUUGUUCUCUUAUUUACAGAAGUAAUAUUGUUUCCAAUUUGUUUGGUUUCUUUUUAUUUACCUAAGAUUUGCAGUGAUUUGGUUGUACUAUUGUUAACACAUUUGUUCAUAGGUUUUGAAUGCCCUGUAUAGAGAAAUAUUUGCUUGGACUCUAGGGCACAGACAGACUAUAGAAACCGUUGUGGCCAGGACUUCUCACUGAUUUUACUUGUUGUGUUUUGCCUCUAGAACAGGGGUGCCAAACUCCAGUCAUGGAGGGCCGCAGUGUCUGCUGGUAUUUGUGGUUUCCUUUCAAUCAGCAGCCUUGAGAACAAGGUGUGUGGACUCUUUAGCCAAUGAAUGACUUAGAAAUGUAUCUCUCCUGCUGAAUCGCACCAAAAACCAGCAGAUACUGUGGCCCACCAGGACUGGAGUUUGACACCCCUGCUCUAGAAGGUGAAAUGACCAAAUAUUGUGGCUGAACAGCCCCCAUUCAGCUUUCAGUCCACCAUUCUUUUAUUGUAAAAACAAGCUUUAAUCAUGAGACCUCAAGACCUGUAUGCAGCAUAGCAGCAUACACACAAGGCGUGGUAUAUGCUCUUUAAACUUUAACUCUUCAACAAAAAUGAACAAAAACAUUUAAUCAAAACUCAUAUUUUAUUUUCAGCCAUGUGUGUGUGUAGUACUGCUGUAUGUUGCAGAUCUGCAAAUGAGAAAUCUUAGUUUUGAAACAAAUUUGGAUAAACCUCCAACAGUGCCAUGAGAUACAUUUACUCAUAUUCUAAAUGGACAUAUAUCAGAACUUCUUUUAAGUUUAGAGUUUAAUCAAGUUAAUUAAUCUUUAGGAUUUCCAAAAAGAAUUGAGUCUAAUAAAAUAUAACUGUAAA